UAGAUAUAGUAGUAUAUAUAACAUUACAAUGACAAUAGCAACAACCUCCAUUUGCUUCAGCCCAUCUUCUGAAUUUCUGGGGAUGAAAUUGGCAAAACUGAGAUACUUCAAAACUAUGUCGUUUCGUGCUGGUUCCUCUGCCUCAAGAUCUGUCUUGCCUGGUGGAGGCUUCAUUCCUUGUUUGCGAAGAAACAAAAAUUCUGAAGCAAUUCAGACAAUAAGAGAGCGUGGAUUCAGAGAAGGAAAUAAUCAUAAUAAUGACCAAGUUCAAGUUCAAGUGCUUGAACAAGAAGCCUUCAUUCAUGAUUGGUUUCAUGAUGUGGAGUCAACUCUCAAUCAGCUGAGCAAGUGGAUAGUAACGACCUUAUUUGUGGCUUUCAUUCUGUGGAGACACGACGGAGAAGCCAUAUGGUUUGCAGGAGGAUCUAUUUCAAAUGCAAUGUUUUCUAUUUCGCUUAAGAAAAUAUUGAACCAGAAACGACCUUCAACACUCAAAUCUGACCCUGGCAUGCCCUCUUCACAUGCACAAUCCAUCUCCUUUACCGUCCUCUUCGUAAUUUUGUCAAGUUUCGGAUGCCUAGGGGUAAAUGCAUACACCAUUACCUGCAGUGGGAUGGCCUUGGGGUUUGGUUCUUAUUUUUCAUAUCUACGGGUGUCGCAAAAGCUUCAUACAAUGAAGCAGGUGAUUGUUGGAGCAAUACUCGGAUCCAUUUUAUCUAUCUCGUGGUAUUGGCUAUGGAAUUCUUUCGUCUUAGAAGCAUUUAGAUCCUCUUUGUGGGUCAGGAUCACCAUUGCUUUGCUGUCUACUGGAAUUUGUCUCAAUUUUCUUUUCCAUGUUAUUCGCCAAUAGUGGCUUAAAGAAGCAUAUUUUUUUUAAUUAUUUUUUUUGUUGUAUCUACCGUCAACAACGAUGAACGAUAAUUA